AUGUCGCAAUAUGGAGCCAACUACUAUGAGGAGCAAAAGCCCCAGCAUACUUACGCCCCUCGUCCAAACCAGACUCAAAACCACUAUUCGACGGGGAAAUCUUCAUAUGACCCCCCACCCUAUACCGAGCAAGGUUAUACUCAGGGCGACCAAUACACGCAGCCCCAGCAGUAUACCAACUGUGGCUACGAUCAAAAAUACGAAUCAGCUGCAAAUAUGCCGCAAGGCCACGCCGCUCCACAGUCGCAGUAUGCGCCAGAAGGAGCGAAUGCCUCUUAUUAUAAUGGAGAGCCAGUCUCAGAACCAAACGAUCUCAACGGUGAAAAGGGGCUUGGGUCAACUGUUGUUGGUGGUGCAGCUGGUGGGUACAUGGGCCACAAGAUGGGUGGCGGCUGGAGCACCGCUGCAGGGGCCGUUAUAGGGGCCGUCGGCAUGAACGUCUUGUCGCACAAGAUGAAACCCAAACCUGCCCCAGUUCAACAAGUCGUUGCCGCGCCUCAGCAGGUCCAGUAUGUCGCUGCCCCUGGAAUCGGCAUGGGUCUACUUGGACGUCGCCAGGCCGUUCUAUCUAGUCGCGAGGCCCUUCUAUCUGAUCGCUUCGGACGCCGUGGAGGACGUCGCGAGGGGCUCCUUGGACUGUAA